CAAGAGCUCAGUGAAUUCAAGCGUGUUACCGUGAUAGGUUGCCACCUGUGCAAUAAGUCCAUACGUGACAUUUCCUCGCUACUAAAUAUUCCACAGUCAACUGUUAGUGGUAUUAUAACAAAGUGUAAGCAACUGGGAACAACAGCAACUCAGCCACACAAGCGGGAUCAGUGCAUGCUGAAGCGCACAGUGCGCAGAAGUCGCCAACUGUCUGCAGAGUCAAUAGCUAAAGACCUCCAAACUUUGUGUGGCCUUCAGAUCAGCACAACAAAAAUGCAUAGAGAGCUUCAUGGAAUGGGUUUCCAUGGC